AUGCAAUUUCAUGGGGCUGGCAUUUGGGCCAUGGAAGAUGAUGUGGGCUUAUCAGGCACUCAGUUGUUGGGUAUCUUGGGUUUCUUGUGUUGUGGAAAUGCCGAUCGUUGGAUUUCCCGGUUCGUCGUUAAGUAUUGGUUGCUUGAGAUCAAUAACUUUGGGUUUGUAAUUCGAGAUUUUAAGAUAACAACAAAUGUUAAGCAUGUAAUGGUUUGUGCGGUUCAUGGAAGAAGUCUCAAAUCCGGGAACUGGUUACCCGGGGCUUGUUUUGUUAUUGAGGAUUGGUUUCAUUUGUCAUGUGAGGUGUGCACAGCUUGUUCACUUAGUGGAAAAAAGGGUAUGGAUAACUCUGUCUGGUGUAACUUGCUUACUGGUUCAUUCAUAAUUAGUGGUAAAUGGGCUUGUUACUUGAGAAGUAAUAGCAAGGUCAGUCAUCGGGUGAGCUUUACUCUCGCAUCUUGCAGAUUUAGUUGA